GUGGUUACCACCCAGAACAUGACUUCAAUACCUCGUGGUGCUACCUGCUAAGUACGCGUGAAAACGGUGCGAACGCCAUACGGGAGCAAGAGGAGGUAAAUAACAUUGCAAAUAUUGUGUCCUGAAAUUGGUGAGGUUCCAGCUGGUGUUGGUAUGAAGGUGGUGAAGCAAAUAGAAGUUGCAGUGACCCUUACCGUCCUAUAUAGUUCUGUGUGGCGUGAUGUGUGCUUUGUGUGUCAGUGGCUUUGGUUCAGUGUGGAGCAACAGGAAGACUGCGUAGGGCCUUCAGGGAUUUGGAUGCCCUCCGAGAAGUCCGCGUCGCGUGAGCUCAUGCUAUGGUGUAUCACACGUUGCACCUGAAAUUUGCCUCUCCUGACAAGCAGUGUAGCAGGGCGUUUGGUGUCGCUUCCGAAGAUGGCGUCCAGUUCUUCGUGGACUUUACUUUGAGCUUCUGCGUCCAGCCCCAGGAGGAAGAGGGCGUAUGUUGUUGAUGCUGCCGUUGUGUCGUGGCCCUGUGUGAGUAAAGUACUUAUUCAGCUCCGAAGCACAGAGCAAGGUAGAGGUAUUGCAACACUGAAGAGAAACAAGGCCUGAUGGAUACGCGACCGCAGUAACGAGGUUCACUAGGCAGAAGUACAACAGAGGACGGCGACUUCCUUCCGGAUGAAUCCUUGCAAGCUGCACUGAAGCGAGUGGGAGGAGCGGCUGGGCGGCAUGACGUGCAGCCUGUAUCAGGACCACAUCCUGCAGGCGGUCCUGCAGGGGAACCUCACCAGCGUUCCCGAGCCUCCCUCCCGCGCCCUAAAGAUCCUCGUUGCCUCUUCACGCCCAGAUUUCGAACAGGAACGUCGUGUGGUUCAAGAAAACGUGGUUCCGGACCUGCAGCGUCACUGCGCAUCGCUAGGUGUAGACGUCGAAGUUCUCGACCUGCAACAAAGCGUCACGGACCCUGGUCUUCAACUCACAGCAUCUGCCACGCUGAGGGAACUAGAAGAUUGUCAUGCCAGCUCCCUCGGUUGCUUCCUCAUAUGCCUGGUGGGUGACAAGUACAAGCCAUUUGCACUGCCAGAUGUCAUUUCUAGUGACACCUUCGAGCAAAUACACAAUGCCUCAUCGGAGGCUGGACUCGACGUGGGAUCAUUGGCCCAUUGGUAUCAGCUCAACGAGAAUCUGCUUCCUCCGGCCUACGAGCUUCAACCGCCUUCAUUUGUUCAAGGCUCAGGACAAGGUCAAGGAAAUGUUACAUGUCCUCUGGGAACCGCCGAGAAUGGUGUGCUCGCCCAGAGGAUCCAGGAAGAACAAGAGCAGGUGACCAGGGUGCUCCAGUACGGCGCUAAGGUGGCGCUCAACGAAGGCCUUAUAGAACCGGACACAGAACGCCGGUUUCGUAUGUCAAGUGUACAUUGGUUAUUGGACCAUGCGUUGAAGCUCUCAAAAACUGCCCAUCAAAGAAUAAUUUGUGCCGUUCGACAUUUUGAGGAUGUAAAUUACAGUGACGCCGCUGCACCUUCGUUCGUUGACGUCCUAGUGCAGGACGGCACCUGUCCUGAUGAAGAGACGACGAGUAGCACCGACGACCUUCUAGCAGAUGUGAUUUUGAACUUAGAAAAGAAGAACGUACAUUAUUUCAGCGUUCCGUGGCACCCGACCGGACUGGAUACGGAGCGCUGCGAGCACGGUCGCUACUUAGAGAAGCUGACGGAAGCGCUCAUAUCUAGCAUAAAAUCUAUGGUUGACGAAGCCUCGAAAGUCGACACGCCGGACUGGGACGAGCUGCCACCGACUUUCAGAAAAGUUGUUCAGGAAGUCGUCCGUGAAUCUCAAACGCACCUGUGCAACAGCAGGCAGCUCCUUAGGGUGCUCGGAGUCUCCCAGUCGCUCGACAGCGAUUACGGCCCGCUGAUUCAGAUUCAGCAACUCAUGCUGGCCGACGAAGAAAGAGCGAGGCACACUCCAAUCAUAGUUUGUGGGAAAGAAGGCUGCGGGAAAUCCACGCUUCUCUCACAGGUGCUCAUGUACUGCACGGAGUGGCUCGGCACAGAUGUGGUCCGCAUCAUCCGUGGCGUGGGUCAGAGCCCUUGUUGCGCCUACACCGCCGAGAUCCUGCGAAACCUGUGCCUGCACAUCAGCAUGGUGUUCGGCUUCGAGAUCAGUCCGAAGCACCACAGUUUCGAGCUUGGAAAGCUUAGUAUAUGGUUUCAGGACCUGCUUAAGUUAGUGGAGACUUCCACAAGUGAUCUGGUUAUCAUUCUGGACGACCUUCACCGCCUCAAGUGCCCUCCUAGCAAUCAGGCCGCUAUCUUGGGCUGGUUGCCUUGGAACCUCCCCCUCAAUGUGCAUAUCAUUUGUUCCGUGGCGCAAGAAGCAGACUCCAUUAUUUCCCUGCUCAAAAGUCGGAUACCUACUGGUGAUAGCUAUGUGUUCAUUCCCCCGCUGCAGGGCGCCGCGGCAGCGAGUAUGCUACAAUCUAAUCUCAAGGACAACAAGAGGACACUGUCACGUGACCAGUUAGAAGUAGUUAAGAACAAGCUAGCCGACCAGACUGUGUCUCCCCUCUAUGUGACUUUGCUUUCCCAUCAGGCGAAGCGAUGGCCCUCACACGAGUCGGUCGAAGGAGACUUGCACGUGCCUGCCAGUGUUGAGAGCUUCGUUAAUCGCAGCUUGGACAGGAUUGAACGUCUGUUUGGAGUGGCGCCUGUGAAAAAAAUAGCGUCCUAUCUCACCUGUACAAGUUAUGGACUUCGGGAACCAGAGAUUAUCGAGCUGCUUUCCUCGACAGAGUGUGAAGGGUCGCACGGCGACAUGACGGCUAUCAGCUGGCUGUCUUUCAAGAGAGAAUUGGGAGCACUUCUCAGCGAGUCUUACGUUGACUGUCAGUCCUAUCUGCACUGGAGCCAUAGCUGCAUCAAAAUGUGUGUCCGCAACCGGUACAUGUCAACGCACGCAGAAGCUGUUUCUUGUCACGCGGACCUGGCCAACGCUUUUCACUUGGGCUUCCUUAUGCAAAAAGAAGAAAAGGGACCAGCUUUUGAGGACUCCAAUAAAUCGAAGCGAAAAGAAGAUUGGUCAGACUUACUCAGGGAGGUAGACGAGCUGUGGUACCAUAUACUCCAGAGCGGUGACUCCAAGCGGCUGGACCAGGACGCCGUCUGCAAUUUCGAAUUUCUGCUCUCUGCUGUCAGGGGCGCUUCUAUCAGUUACGUUCGAAGUGUGCUGGAGAUAGCGCGGUCGCAGUUCCUAGAUUGGGAAAUCGAACUCCUGUACAACAUGACGAAGCAGUCGGUUGAUGUGCUAAGCCAGGACCCUCAGCAACUAGCAACUGAGAUCCUCAAUUGGCUAAAGCCUUAUGCCGACGGCAACUCAAAAAUCAUCGAUGAUUUGGUGAGCCAAGCCAACGCCUGGUGCAAUCAAGCCAAAACGCCUUUGCUGGUUCCUCAGACGUCGUGGCUGAGCCUGGCUCUGCCACCUCAGGUCACGUCAAUGAGCUUGCAGAGUCCCAUCAAACAUCUUGUAGCCGCUCCCGACAGCCAGCACGUGUACUGCACUACCCAGGCAGAAGACACGGUCAUAGUCAUGUACCACAUCGCUUCGAAGAAAUCUGUUCGACAGUUAUUAGGGCACAAGGCCACCAUUACAUGCAUUCAUCUGACGUCCUCUGGGAGGCAUCUGGUCAGUGGAUCGGAAGAUACGGACAUUUUGAUCUGGGAUCCAGACACAGGAAUACUGAGAUUGAGACUCAGUCAUCACGUUGCCGGAAUACUGUGUGUCGCAACGACGAACUCCGAAGACUUUGUGCUGAGCGGUUCAGCCAUUGGCGUGGUGGUAGUAGCACGCUUGGAUACAGGUCAGCUGGUGCAACGCCUCGAAAACCAUAGAGGUGUCGUAAACUCUGUUGCUGUCAACAGGGGAGACGACAUAUUUGCCACAGCGUCUUCUGAUUGCACAGUGUGCGUCUGGUGUCUCGAAGACUUCACGCAUUUGAACACCAUCACGUUACCGUCGCCCAUCCAGCACAUGUGCAUCUCAUCGGACAGCACGUUCCUCCUGCUGGCCUGCGAAAAUAAGUGUGUGUACGUGCGCUCUCUCACCACUGGAUCGGACGUUCACUGCCUUCACGGGCACUCCGGUCAAGUCACGGCGCUUUCCUUCGCUCGGGACAAAUGCCGUUGUAUCGUUGGUACGAGCGAGGGCAAAGCAUUUGUCUUCGACAUCCAUUCCGCUAAACUCUUGCAGACGCUAGUGGCACAUCAGGACUCGGCAGUGACAGCAAUCCAGGCUCAAAGUAAAGACACGUUCUUGAUCACGGCUGCCGGAAAUAAGAUAAUAGUAUGGAAUUUCUACCUGAAGAAAAGUGAAAUGUGUCAUCCCCAACCGAAGCAGAAAAAGGUCGACUUACAUAAAGACCCCAUUACAUGUGUGGCCAUAUCAAGAGAUGGUAGCCUUGCUGUUACUGGAGGACGCAAUGGCAUAUUAAAAGUGUGGCAAAUGAGCUCAGGAGAGCCACACACCAACUUGGACGGUCAUAGUGGAGCCAUUACAUGUCUUGCCUUCGCACCCAACGGACUCUUCGUCGUUUCUGGCUCUGAGGACUGUACACUUCGCGUCUGGGGUCUAACUCUGGGACUGGUGGUGUCGACUUUCAAGGAGCACCUGAGCAGGAUAACUAGCGUGUUCGUGACAUCAGACAGCCGUCGCGUGCUCUCUGUUGACUCGCAAGGCACGCACCGCCUCUGGAGCGCGGACGGUGCAGCGCAGCUCUUGGUGUGCACCAAGUCCGCCAGCCAAGUGACGCACCACGCUAACGUCGUCUUCACCGUCGGCGGAAAGGCUGACAACUGUGUCAAGUACUGGCCAGUGCUGGAAACCGAAAGUGAAAAAUCUGUGAGCCACAGCGAUGCCAUUCUCUGCUACACUGUCACCUACGAUUGUCAGACAAUAGUGACGGGAUCCCAAGACAUGUCACUCAAAGUGUGGGAAGUAGCAACAGCUAAACUCACGCAGGUGCUGGUAGGACAUGAGGGUCCUGUCACGUGCGUCGCUGUAGCGCCUUUCAGUCCGUCGUUGGCCGUAUCAGGCUCUCAGGAUUGCAACCUCAUCGUCUGGGACAUGACCACGGGAAGUGACAAUUUCAUCCUGCGUGGCCACACGGAAGCCAUCAAAGCUGUGAAGCUCACCCUGGAUGGAAGUGUGACUAUAUCAUGUGCGGACGACAAUACAUUGCAGUUGUGGAACACGCUUAAUGGACAUCGCAUAGCAAGCUUUGAUCUUCACGCGACGAUUACGUCUGUCAUAACAUCAUUGAACACAAAUCACAUCGUGGUUCAGUUAGCUGGCAGUCCAUUACUUCCCAUUCUGAAGCUGCUGAAUAAUCCCGGAAAGGGACUUAUGCUGGACCUACCACCUGGUACGCCUGUGGGUGAGGAACCGAAAAAUCUCGGCCAUCAACUGCGUGGUGUCGUCCCGAAGCGCGUCCUCCUUCGUGGCAACCUCAAACGAGAGCAGUCGUUUGACUCCUUCUACUGGGACUUGCGUGCCCAAUCGCCUAAACACGAAACAAUCGACGAUUUUCGCUGCAAACCUCUUUCGCCGUUCGGGUCUCGAGAACACUUGCACCUCGCUGGAACGACGCCCGUUUGGAACGGCGGGGUUCCUUCAGGUCGGAGCUUGCGCGCCACGGGAGGACCAACCGCGGGAGACUUGGGUCUUCAGCCCAAGCCCAAGCUUCCAAAGCACAAGAUACUGAAGAAACAACAGAGCAUGUUCGCCUGUUUCCCAGAGUUCACCCAGCAGAUGCCUCCAACGCUUCUCUCUCCCGUUGCCCCGAAGGAACUUCCGGAAAAGAAGGAGUUGUUAGGGAAACCACCACGUGUGGUGGCGCCACUGUCUCUUUCGCGUACAGAAAGCGUCGAAGAGGCACCGGAGAAAACGCCGGAAGGCGGGCCCCACGCGGAUCAGGACGUUGUCCAUGACUCGUCCGUGUGCACUGUAAUGUAAAGUGGUGCAAAAGCAAUAGUCAGAGCAAAAUGUCAAGCGUUCCUAAACCGGGUGGUUUCCCCAGGUAAUGUGUGCGUGUGUGUGUGUGCCACCGUCUCAAAUUGUUUGUUUUACCUACUGAACUUGGACUGGUAAUAUGCAAGUUGUACGACUCCACAUAGCGUCUGUGCUCCCGAAAUGUUGUCGAUGCCCGCUUGUAACUUGAUCCCAGCACAGCACGCUGUAGUAAUGCACAUCUGCGACAUCGCGUCAGUAGUCCACCCAUGUGUACAUUGAGAGUUUCUAAGUAAGAUGUGAUUGUCUGCUCCUACAGAGAUGAGUAGUCCUUGCCUAUCACCACAAGGAGUAACGUUAUCAGAAGGGAUUCUCGUUCUGAUACUCGGCAAUGUCAAGAAUGUCGGAUUGAAAAAAAAGGAAAGAAGAUUAGAGUAGCGGGAAUUUCUCCGGUUCAAAUACUGCAAUCCGAUCAAUGUUGCCCGAUGCUUCCCUGUGGUGUUAAGAGAUAUUUGCUCAAUGUUACCAGUGCAGAGCUCUCACCUUGAAAUGGGCGAAUCCAUGUGCCACGCUCAAAAUUAUUUUUCUUUAUGCGUAGAAACCUCCGUGGCAGUUCCAUUUCAAGGCGAUUUGCCUCUGCGAUUCCUUGCGUGGUGAAUAUUGUUGACCGGUCUACCGGUGAAUGCGUCUACCGGUGAAGCGUAUAGACGUGAGAAAUGGCGCUAUGCGCGUAGCGUGGUUGCUGCAGGACAACUAAAUGACGUUACAUUAUAGAGGCACGCAGAUUUUAUCAUCGCAUUAUAUUGUAUCACUCCCUGCACAACAUCACCUAAAUUUUUUUGUACAGGCGACGGCACGAAUACGACUGCAUUUUCUUACCUUCCGAAACUGCAGUGUAGAAAAAAAAAAGCGAUGCAGCAAAUGAAGCAGUUUAAACCGAGCAGAUUUUUCUGCUUAUUGGUGUCCUCCUGUUACCUAGGCCAAACUGCACGCAUGUGAUAGUGCACACCUGAAGUUCAAUAUGUGCUGUUACCCUAUCUCCUGUUUGUAAAGAUUACACAGUAGGAUGACACCCUUUUCGAAGUGGUUCGACUUACGAACAACCUGUUCCACUUGCAGGCAGAUGCCCAAAGUACAUAGAACUGCGUUUCCCUCGAGCUGUUUUCACGUUGGUUUUCAUCAGUGGUCAUAGUGUAGACCGCACAAGCUUUCCGUUGUUAGUAUGAACAGCGCCCUGUGUUGCAACGUCGUCCGCAAUGUCAUCAAGUUGGGCCAAUUUUAGUACGUUGAACUCCCGAAUAUUUUGAGUGAAGUGCAAUAUGAUUGCUUUCCUCGUGCUGACCAGAAUGCUUUUUCUACGGGUUUGACUCGCCUAUGUCACUGGGGCUGUGACCUCACUAUAGCAUGUAGUUGCACCUCAAAAUGCUGGUCACCUCUUUGACGAGCCCUAUCCCAGUCGAGUCGUUUUUUAUUGGUAGGAAAGAACUAGGUAUGCCUUUCUUUGUAGUACGUACGGCAGAUGCUUCCAUCCUACAAGUAGCACUGAACAAAUUAGAGGGACACCGAAGUGUAAAAGUUUCUCCUCGCAGAAUGAAAGAUAACCCUUACUGAUAAUGUACUUAAGAUACUUACACACCAACACAAAGGAAACGAGAUUCGUCCGUUGCGUCAUUCGUAAUUUUGAGAGAAAGAAACCACAAUCAGCGCCACCUAGACACAAAAGGCCUACUUAAUGCCUCCUCUCCUUCCUUCACUACGUAGACACAUAAAGUCAGAAUUCGUCUGCUGCCACGAUUCGCCGUUCUGCGAAUUCAAGAACUCGCAAAUGAUUGCAGCUAACUUCGCAAACUUGAAGCUGUAGACGAAAAGUGCAACACGCUUUCCAGAAAACCGGUCUUGAGGAAAAAAAAGAAAAAAAAAUGGGGACGUUUUGCGCUUUAUUUUGUUUUCCCAUUUAGUACGCGCGGACACGUUCACUACUCGCAGACGACAGUGGCUGCCCAUGCGGCUGACGGCGGCUCGUCUCCAUGGCUACGACCGCUGAGAGCAGCACGUUCGUGAUUGGCUACGGCCGUUGCAAACACGAUCCUGAUUGGUUGACUCUUACUUGUUACGUCACGUCGACGAGUAAGCAUGCUUUCCCUAUCUAGGUGGUGUUGCCACGAUAAGCGCUUUCACUCUCCUUCUCGAGAAGCACAGUGGCCACGGAUUGGUCUUCUCAAACGAUCUCCCGCUAUGAUUGGAUAAAUCGUUUGCGGAGACCAAUGAGAGAGCGCUCCACAUUGUCGCUCCGCUCGAGAAGAAGAGGGAGUGGGAAAGCGUAAAUUCCGGUUUCUUUUCGACGAAUAAAUCACGGACGACGAGACGACUGAAUCCCGGCCGUUCCUUUUGUGUCUGUGUCAAGGUAACGCGAGAAGAAAUUUUUGCACUACAGGAAAGUUUUAGUGAAAGCGAAGAGGCUGAAGUGCGGAUGUAGAGAACAUAGGUGAGCGCAAUGAAUAAAAAGAAAAUGAGAGGCGAGUUCCAAAAGGGGUGAAAAGAAAAACGAAAGUGUAGAAAUUACCCCGGGGGAGUCCUGUUGUCAUGACAUAGACACAGAAAAUUUAUCUACACGUGAUCAAAUGACGAUCAGCGAUUUAUUUUUUUUUUUUUUUCUAUUCCCUUUUUUGCUACUCUCUGGGUCUGGUUGCACAGUGGCGGAGGAGUCUCGCAAACUAUUAGUGCCACGCUCCAGCGUCUAACAUCGCGGGGUGACGGAGACGCGGGCGCAUCGCAUGCACAACGCGUGCCCCCCAACAUCACCCUCCACCAUCACUAUCUACCACCACCAGAUUGGGGACAGUUAUGUGACAUCUUAAAGGACCAACGAGGUGACAUCUAGCCUGGCUCGAAACCCUGUUCCAUGCAGUCGUCAAGAUGUCGAUAAGGAGCCACCAUAGCAAACUCCUGCGCAGAGCGAAUAUUUUCCCUGCGCAAUGAACUUUACAACAACAACAACAAAAAACACUCUGAGAAAGCCGCCGCGGACGGCCGAUACGAUCAUCGCGCGCAUUUUUUUUUUUUCUUCUUUUCUUUGCCGCUCUACGUCACGAGUCACGUGUCCGGGGACUACGUUACGUCACGACUCUCCCUCGUUCACCGAUACCCUCUUUUCGCCAAUGGAGGAUUUUAUUUAUUCCUCUUUUUUUUUUCUUUUUUCAAUGUGUGCGGAACACAUGUGCUCGGUAGGUCACCUACACUUGUCGUUCUUUUUAGGGGUUACCUCGGUGUUCCUUUAAUACGUGCACACAUGUGUGUACGUGUUAAAAUGCCAGCUUGUCGGAUUAUUCUUUGCGUCAUUCCUAUACUUGCGUCGCCACAUUCUUUCAAGUGCCUUUCUCCCAAGUUCUUAUCCUGUAUCCCGGCUCCUGUUUUUAUACCUCUUCAGAGCAAGACUUGGGCCAGCGAGAAAUAUCCAAAUUUCGAAAUCCGUUUUUAUCUAAUUCUUCACUAACGUACGUAACGAACGCUUUCGCUUCCAUUUGUAUAAACCCGUUAAACACUGCGCGAUCUGUCUGCCGAUGUCACAGUAGGUUGUUCAAAGAAGAGGGGACUGUAUGUAUGCCGACAUAUGUUCUGGAUGCUCCUACUGGAAAUGAAUUUCGGUGCUUGCGAACUUAUUUGCGAUCGAACAUCGUCAAAAGGAAAAAAAAAUGCAAGGAGAAAUGUCGCUUUGAAGGGAGAAAGGGAGGAAGAGCCAUGCCACCCUCGUGUAAAUAGGCGGCGAUUGAUUUUCAUCUGUGACACCUAAGUAAUCGUUGUGAAUAAAACCUUUUCAGAGUAAUUUCGGUAUGACAGCCUUGCUUGCAAUGAAAAGAUGGCUAAGAAACAAGCGAGCUGGUGAAGUUAAUGCGUAUUGUAAAACCCUGAGACUAGGAAACAUUGCUUGCAAUGUCAUGAUAGUUCCAACGUCUUUGUGCAACCCAGCCCAGAUUGUUAACCUGUCGCGCGUUGCGCCUAAAGCUCAAGGCAGUUAAAAACAGAGAGAGAAGCAAAUUCUGUAUUUUAAAUUUACUCGCCACCGUGCGGCAAUGAUUUUGCUCUGCCAGAGAAAUACGUAAACAAAAACGUAAGACGCUAUUGCAUUGCAAACGCGUCCUACUUUUAUGAGGCUGAAAUGUAUUGCUGUUUGUACGCGCCCUUCCAGUUCAAUUCAAAUGAAUUAAUAUGUUUUGUGUAUGACGCUAUUAGUCACGCCGUAACUCCUCGCGCACCCACCCUUCGUUGCAACCUUAAAGUAUUAAUCUCAUGCUUACGAUUUCGUCGUGUGGAAAUAUCGGCUUGGAUCUCCAUCGUCAGACUUCCAUAAUGUCUUCCACAUCUGCUGUUGUAGAUUAAUUUUUGUUUUCACUAGGGUUCCUUGAUGUGCGGUGAAAUAUCAGUAUAGGGCGACCAUGUUUAACGUCCUUCGGGCAGAACGACGUGCUGGUGAAACUUUUUGAAACAGUUAAACCUGCGUGGGGAACGUUAAUAGUAUGGUAUACUGACAAGCGCCUUCCAUCGUUCUGACAAACGCAGAAAAGCUAUUGUUGUUUUAUGAUGCUCUUCUUAGUUGCGUGCACCUUGAAGGAUAUAUAGCUAUGGUUGCGACUAGAUUUAAGACACCUUCAGAAAGUAUCGAAAGAUAGAGGAGCUAUAGUGUAUGGUUUAAGAGUCUGGGAGGUCUGCUGGAAGCACAACACAUUCGACGAUAGGAUCCAAAUUGUGAGUCUUCGUGUGACCUUAGCGUUAAGGACUGUGCCUGUGUCUACGCAGUCACAAUGUGGGUGCGUGUUUUGCGUUUCUGAAGAAUUAAAGAUGAUGUUGAUGUUGAUGAAGAAAAAGUAAACACUAUGUAGAGCGCAGCAACAGAGCAUGCAGUAGCCCGUGCAACUGACAUGCUCAUCAAAAAGUGAUCUUCGGAAGAUCUAUAGUGAACAUUGGCUAGAUGAAAUGUCCUCCAGUUGGCGCCAUAACGACAACCAUUCGUGAAUUUUGACAUUGUUACUAUUAUUGUUUAGUAGGUUUUCUUCUGUUCGCAGAUCAUAUAUUCGCUUUCAACCCAAGAGCGCCAUUGCUGGCAGGGACUGAAACCGGAACGAAACCGAAAACCGUUUGGAACCCAAAUUUUUUUUUUCAAGAACCGUAACUGAAACGUAACCGCAAUUCACCAUCGGCAAUUAACCGUAACCUGAACCGAAAAAUGUGAUUUCGGUUACCGGUUCAUAUGAAUCGGUUCAAGCGUGAACGCUAACAACUUUGGAUGUGAUAUUUGCAUCGCUUUACGACUCUGACUGUAGUACGUGCUUCUGUUAAAGUAGAUCUCUUUGUCAUGUGUUUUUCAUUCAGAAGUUGUGCAGACAACAUACCACCUUAUCUUGUGUGCUUGCCCCAUAAUCGCAUGACAUACGCAUCGUGUGACAUGUAUUGCGUACGUCCCUUAUGAGUUUAUUAUAUUGUGAUCAUUUAAGAUACGAAGCGUUUUGUUUCCACAUCUGUUUGCUUAACCGCUGAGCGCACGCAGUUUUUCCUGCCUUGUAGCUUGUUACAGCACGAGCGAAAUGAAUGUCCACGAGAUAACAGAGACAGCAACAAAUUAUUUUACGGGGAAUGUCGCAAAAGUGUGUCGAAUAAAGAGUUUUUCUCUUUCUUCAACCUGGCAGAUGGCACUGCACCACCCUUUCACAGCGCAACUCAUAAAUUUGUUCAUUUUUACCCGUUUCCACUUCGUAGCUCACUUUGCGGCAUCCACCCAGCCUGCAGAUAUAUCGUAGGGAAAACCGAAAAAAAUACCGGUUCAACGGUUUGGUUACCGGUAAACGCAAAUAUUAAAACGGUGAAUCCCGUAACCGAAACCGCUUUCAGAAUUCUGACACUGAACUGUAACCGAACCGAUAUUAGUUUCGGUUUCAGUCCCUGAUUACUGGCGCAUCUUUUUCUCCCUAUUUUUUUUACCGCCAGAAAAUAACGCAGUAUUUGGAACGUUGUUCGUGCAAUUUAUUUCGCUCAUACUUACGUUCGACAGAAGUAAUUUUCAUAUUUAAAUGUAAUAAUAAUAUGUUCUAAUGUUCUCUCUAGCUUUGGAGAUACCAUUCUUAGGUUGCACAUGACUGUAGUCUUGUUCUUUUCAUUGACUGUUAAGGGACCGUACAGGAAUGAAGAAAUAUGUGUACAUCAGUGAGGUUAAAAUUUUGUUUACUGAACUUCUACAUCGUUCUUUAACAUUGUGCUCCUUUUCGCGUGAACAGCAGAAAUUUACACUGAAGUAAAUUCGUUACCCCCCAGCACAACACGUGUGUCUCGCCGUGCACUUGAUAUAAUUUUCGCGUGUACCUCUGUGUAGUUCACCUCUUUCGUCACAACCUUGUGUUCGCUGUUAAAAUCGUUCACCGCUUUAGUUACUCGCAAGCACGACCAAACCACAUACGAAAAAGUUUAGCCUUGUGCAAAAAAAUAAAUCCUCGUACAAAUUUCUAGUGAAAAGGAGCAACGCGACAUUAUUAUUACAGCAGCCACGUUUCAUGACGUUGCUCCUGUCACGCGGACAGCCUUCAAUGACCAUUGAAACCAGUGGCCAUUCAACAUGCGCGCAGCGCCAUCUAGCGUGUAAUGUGUGAACCUGUCAAGAAACAUUGGAUCCAAUGCUGUUUGAGGAGUUGACACGUGACGCGCUUGGUGGCGCUACGCGUAUGUUCAAAGACCGUUGAUUCCGAUGACGAUUGAAGACUGCGCGCGUGACAGGGUUAUGCAGGUUAGUCAUAGAUAUGAUUGCGGACUUUAUUUCCCUCAGUGGGCAUCCGCACGAGCGAGUUUAUCGGGCGAGAUGUCGGGGGACGCGCGAGUGCGAAAGAUGAUAAUUGAGUGUACGUGAGCAGCAGUAAAGGCUUACGCCACAUCUUCCCCGCGUAUUCCCUUCGCCGCAGGAAGACUAUGUCCGCUCGCCACAGAGUAUUCCUUCCAAAGCUGCUCGUGUCGUCUGCUAGCAGCCCCACUUUUCACCGCACAUCCUUCACGUUUUCUAGCAAAUCAUCUUUCGUUUCUUUCAGCGCCGUUCGGAUUGCUCGUGGCCGUUUGUUCCGCGAUGUCUUCCUGGCGCGUGCUUUCCUCCUCGCUCUCCUCCGCCGAUAUCUUGCUCAAAGUCGCUCGUGGGGACACCCAGUCACUGGAUGCGUAAGAAAUCAAGAGAUCCAGCUAGUUCCCGUGACUUUAACGCCCUUUCACGAAACCCUCACCGAGCACGACAUCGUACUUACUGUCUUGAUGCCGACACACAACCUCAUAAAGGCACCUGUAAAAAGAAUGCACGCCUUUCUCUUCAUUUUUUUUUUUUUUUAUGCUGAUGGAACUACAGUGGACCCUCGUUAUUAUGACCAUGGUCGUUCCCGAAAAUUCUGUUCAUAAUGCGGAAUUGUCAUAUUAAUGGGGAGGAUUUGCAGAGGUUUCACAGCAUUGUUCCCCAAGAGUACGUAAAGCGUGUAUGUCAGAUUAUCGGGGGUCAUAUUAACGAGGGUUCACUGUAUAUGCGUAAUUAUGUUUUUUAAGUACAAUAGAAUAUUCGAACAAUGAGUCUGUUUUUCGUCAUAGAAAUGUGUAUUUUCUAGGGCUAAAACGUAGAUUGCGCACGGUUGUAACCCUCGGAACAUGACUCCAACUUCAAAACAUUUUUUUACUCUAUACUGCUACGAAGCAGUGGCUCAUUUGUUUUUGAAAUGAGCAGCAAUACAGAUGCAGAACUUUGUCUAUGCAAUGUUUGGUAAGAAGACACUACUUCCAGCCAUUGUACACAAUCGUAUCGCAGAGUGGAGUUCAGAAUGCAGCGGAAUGACUUGAGCCAUAUAAGUGAUUCUGAUUAAUUUGUACAGAGAAUAAGCCAGGGAAAAUAAUUUGGAACAGGCAGGGGGUUUGCAAUGAACCUGUGGAGACGUGUUCGGUUCAGGUUGCAUUAUCAUUGCACGGUUCCGUAUGGGUUACAACGUUCUGAAGUAUAUGUUGCGUGCUGCUGCAAGGCGACGUUCAUGUGUAUUGGUAAUACGGUACAAAACUGUGGCGGUGUGUAGAACAGACACGGCUUGGUAUCGCAUGCAGGCAGCACUUGGAUGUUGUUAUAUUCCCCUGGACUUCGAUUUCCAUUGUGACGUUCGGUAAUCUUUAUAUAUACAUGCGUUUUUGUUAACAAAUCGAUGCCCCGUUACCACAGCACAGUGUGAAUAACACCAGCCUUUCCACCAGAGCAGCAUUGCAUCUCUGUACCUCUUAUUUCCUGACGAUGUAGAAUAAACCAGUUGUUUCUAGGUUGCAAUUUGCAAAGCCCCAUGGAGUCACUUCAUUCCGCUUAUGCCUUACCACAACCGGAAGCUGGAUUCAUCUACAAAGGGUGCCAGCAAGGGUUCACACAGAGGUAUGCAACCACUUCUUGAGAAA